AUGCACUCCUUCGCCGCCGGUUGGCCCGGCGUCUGGCUCUGCGAGGUCUGCGAGCAAGCUCCGGCCACCAUCACCUGCAAUGCCGACGCUGCUGCCCUCUGCCCUUCCUGCGAUGCUGACAUCCACUCUGUUAACCCCCUCGCUCGUCGCCACGACCGCUCUGCUAUUCAACCCUUCUACGACUCUCCCCCGUCUGCCACUGUCGCCUCUGUCUUCAAAUUCCUCAUCCCAACCGAACCCCAACACGAUGCCGUUCACCCCGAUUUGAAAUCGGAGGAUGUCUUCUUCUCCGAUAUGGAUUCAUUGAUUGAUUUUGAUUACCCGACUGCUGGUGAUGGAGUUGUUCCUGAACAAUCCAAUCCAGGAACAGAGUCCACUACGCCGCCCACCGAUUACCCCACUAGAAAUUUCUGCGGCUUUGAGCUCUGUAGUACUCGAUCUAAACUCGACGCCAUUAGCUACCCAUCUCAGAAUCUUAGCCAUAGCGUUUCUUCGUCUUCUUUAGACGUGGGAGUCGUGCCGGAUCAGAACACAGCCUCCGACGCGUCGUUUCCGGUGGGGCAGAUGGCGGAGAAGGCGGUGCAAUUGCGGGGGAUGGAUCGGGAGGCGAGGGUGUUGAGGUACAGAGAGAAGAAGAAGAACAGGAAAUUUGAGAAGACGAUUCGGUAUGCUUCGAGGAAAGCUUAUGCUGAAAUUCGGCCGAGGGUUAAAGGGAGGUUCGUUAAACGGAGUGAAACGAACUGUGAAAUUGACAGAAUCUUCGCCGGCGCCGGCGUCGGAUUCAUCAUAAACGAUGGACGAUACGGCGUCGUUCCGAGCCUUAGAGUUUGAGGAAGUGAGACGAGUGGGGCCUACGGGAAUUUGUGAGACCCUGUUUGUUGGUUUUUUAAGCCUUCAGGGUCUGAUUUGGAAUAUAAUUCCCAUGUAAUUUCAAAUAAUUUUCAAAUAAAAUAAUUGUUUAAAUGGGUGACUGAAAUAUAAAUUAUGAAA